AUGGCGGGAGCAGGGGCAGGGGCUGGGGGAAGCCGACAGCCCUGGUGUUGCUCGGGGUCGGGGGGGCACACACACACUCCCCAGCUCCCCCCCCGCCAUCUCUGGGAGGUCGGGUGCCGGGGUCGGGCCCUGAGGGUGUCCCCGGCGCAGGCGGUGAUGGGGGUGCAGGUGGUGCUGAGCCUGCUGGCAGCCAGCGUCAUGCAGAAGAUGGCCCCGCACUGCUCCUUCGCUCGCUGGCUGCUCUGCAACGGCAGCCUGCACCGCUACAAGCACCCCUCGGAUGAGGAGCUCUGCGCACUGGCAGGCAAGCAGCGCCCCAAGAGCAAGCGGGACAGGAGGGUGAACGGUGUGAUGGAUGAGAAGCCCCUCUCCGUGCCCCGGGACAUCGACCUCCGCCUGGACACCAGCCCCAUCACCGCCGUGGAUGCUCUCGUGCUGCGUUAUUUCCUGGAGUACCAGUGGUUUGUGGAUUUUGCCGUCUACUCCACCGCUGUGUACGUCCUCACCGAGGGCUACUACUGCCUGGCGGACCCCCAGAAGGAGACCAACAUCGGGGUGCUCUGGUGCCUGCUGACAGUUGUCUUCUCCGUCAAGGUUUUCUUCAUGGUGAUGCGCCAUUAUUUCCGCUCGGAGGAGGGGGGCGAGCGCUCCGUCUGCCUCACCUUCGCCUUCUUCUUCCUCCUCCUUGCCAUGGUGGCCCUGAUCAUCCGUGAGGACUACCUGGAGUUUGGCCUUGAGCCCGGGCUGGCCGGUGUCAGCAGCAACCUGGAGAGCAUCUUGAAGCAGCGGGGCUGGGAGUGGACGCUUCCCCUCGCCAAGCUGGCCUUCAAGCUGGGGCUGGUGGCCCUGUGCUCCUUCCUGGGCGCCUGCCUGACCUUCCCAGGGCUGCGCCUAGCCCAGACACACCUCGACGCUCUCCGGAUGGCGGCCGACAAGCCCCUGACCCAGGUCCUGCUCCACCUGAGUUUCCUGGCACCCGUCCUGGUGGUGGUGAUGUGGAUCAAGCCCAUCUCGCGGGACUUCCUGCUCCAUGCACCCAUGGGCAAGCAGACGGUGCAGAUCAUGUCAGACUCUGCCUACAACACCGCGCGCCUCUGGACCAUCGUCGGCCUCUGCCUCUUGCGCUUGGCCGUCACCCGCCAUCACCUCCAGGCGUACCUGGGCCUGGCCGAGCGCUGGGUGGAGCAGAUGAGGAAGGAAGCCGGGCGCAUCGCCGUCCUGGAGAUCCAGCGCAAGAUCACGAGGAUUUACUGCUACGUCUCCGUGGUCAGCCUGCAGUACCUGGGACCCGUCAUCCUCACCCUCCACUGCGCGCUGCUCCUCAAAACGCUGGGGCACUACUCGUGGGGGCUGUACCCGGAGCCCCCUCCCCUCCCUCCGGCAGCGACGGCAGCACUGCCACGCCCCGGCGGUGUGGACAAGGAGGACGUGCGUGUGGCGGUGGAGCAGAUCACCAGCAUCUUGGGCAGCAUCUUCACCCCCCUCUUCUUCCGUGGACUCUUCGCCUUCCUCACCUGGUGGGUGGCCGCCUGCCAGGUGGUCACCAGCCUCUUCGGCCUCUACUUCCACCAGUACCUGGCAACCUCCUAGACUGGAGGGAGCUGGGAUGUGCUUUGGGGAGCAAAUCAGGGGCCUGGCCGCUGGUCCCCUUGUUCCUGCCGUGGCUGGUUUCCCGCUUUGCACGUGCUGGUGGCACACGUGGACACGCACGCAGGGAUGUUUCUGCUGCCAGCUCUUGGCGUGAUGGGUUUUAUGCGUCCAGGCCAGCGUGGGCAUCGCCUGCUCCUGCCGCCGAUCACCACCGUGCCUGCCCUCGCCCCGCUGCCACUCCGGGCUCUGUCCCACCAGCCCCUCGUCCCCUUCCUGGCCCUGUGUGGUGACAGAACAGCUGAAACCCCACAGCCGGGUUUGCUGCUGCCUGCUCUGACCCCACACGGGGACACUGCUGCUGGGGGCAGCGGCUCCUGCCAGCCCCGGGCGGGAGGUGCUGGGGAUGGCUCCUGCAUGGUGGAGACCUCAGAGCUGGGCUGGCCGGGCAGCUUGGCUUGCCAGCACAGAGCCUGUGGUUUGUUCUGCCACGUUUGCCUCCACUGGCUGAGGACGAGUGUAUUUUUGUAGGGUUGCUGCUCUGGCCAGCUGCGUCAGAGCUCCUUGGGGUCAUCCCUCUGCUUCGUGUGAAAUCCUCAGGCCCAACAGCCUCGGCUGUUGGCUGUUUUAGAAAUAAAUGAGUAACCCAGA